AUGCCCGGGUGUUGCUUCUUCCCUGCUCUAUACAUUCAUUUUCUUACUCUAUGCCCGGGUGUUGCUGACCCUGCUCUAGGGGAUUCAUUUGGAAAACUCUAUGCCCGGGUGUUGCCGACCCCUGCUCUAAUUCAGUUGGAGUUUUCUAUGCCCGAGUGUUGCCGAUCCCUGCUCUUUUCUUCAGUUGGAGGGAUUCAGUUGGAUCGAUGCCCGGGUGUUGCUAUCCCUGCUCUUCUUCUUUCAGUUGGAGUACUCUAUGCCCGGGUGUUGCCGAUCCCUGCUCUAGGGGAUUCACCAAAAAUUUCAUGUAGUCUGCUUCUUUUUUCUUUUUUCUUAUCUAGGGAUCAGGGCAAAUCGAUGACUUUCAACUUGGUUUUCGACGACACAGCUGAUGAUGCUCUCAUAGCCUCGUUCAAAUCUAUCUAUCUAUCUAUCUAUCUAUCUAUCUAUCUAUCUAUCUAUCUAUCUAUCUCAGUCUUUUCAUAUCUAUCUAUCUAUCUAUCUAUCUAUCUAUCUAUCUAUCUAUCUAUCUGUUUGUAUGUUUUUCUUAUCUAUCUAUCUAUCGAUCUAUCUAUCUAUCUAUCUAUCUCAUUCUUUUCAUAUCUAUCUAUCUGUUUGUUUGUAUGUUUUUCUUAUCUAUCUAUCUAUCUAUCUAUAUCUCAAAUGGAUUAA